CGUGUGAUGGGACACGCCUCUUUCUGCCCGAGAGCUUCACCACUAACUGGGGUGAAACUUUUUUUUUUAUAAAUGUUUUGUUUUGAUCCAGAACUUUCGCGUUUUAUUUAUCGUCGCUGAACUUUACUUUGCAUUUUACCGACUUAUGCAGGAGAGGGGGCACCAUGGGAAGAGAGGAAAACCUCAUCCGAAUUGCCAAAAAGCUGGAUAAAAUGGUAUCGAGGAGGAGUAUGGAUGGUGUUCUCGAUCUGCUCCAGGAACUCAGAGAUGUGAAGAUGACUCUGAAGUUGCUGCAGAGUACAAGAAUCGGGAUGUCCGUAAAUGCAAUGCGUAAGCACAGCACAGAUGAGGAAGUCAUCACGCUAGCUAAAAUCCUCAUCAAAAACUGGAAGAAGCUUCUCGCCUCAGAAAUUCCAGUUGUUCACAAGACCGAGAAAACAGCAGGGAAAGAGGAUGAGAAGAAAGAUACAUCACCAACAGUGUCCCCACCACCCCAGAAACAUUCAAAAGAGAAAUAUGUGGAGAGGCAAGAUAUGUUCAGCUCCAAGUCCUCACCAACAGCCUCGCCCAUGUCCAGGAAGAACUCCAACAAUGGACAGCAGGAUCGCCACAGGAGAGACUCCUCAAGCUCUUUGUCACCAACGACUUUUUCACCUAAGUCCAGGAAGAACUCCACAGAUGCCGAAGAGAGGAGCGAUUCAUUCAGCAAAUCCCCACCAAUCACCUUGGAGCUGUCAAGGAAACAUUCUACAGAUAAGAAAGAUGAAAGGAGGGAUUCAUGCAACAGCAAAUCACCAACAACUGCCUCACCAGCUCGAAGAACUUCAGCAGAUAACAUGAAAGAGGAAAGUGGAGGCAGCAGCAAAGGAAAGAUGGAAUCACCUUCCACCCCUGCCAGCCCUACCUUCUUCACACCAACAAUUCUCCCUCCUUUCCUGUCAACUGGAGAAUCCAUCCGCGACAAAUGUAUAGAGAUGUUAAUAGCAGCUUUGAAGACUGAUGAUGAUUACAAAGACUAUGGUGUCAACUGUGACAAGAUGGGUGCAGAAAUUGAGGAUUAUAUCUACCAGGAAUUUCAGAAAACCGAUAUGAAAUACAAAAACCGUGUCCGAAGCAGAAUAAGUAACCUGAAGGACCCAAAGAACCCCAACCUGAGAAAGAAUGUGUUGGCUGGUGCGAUCGACCUGCUGCAUCUGGCAAGGAUGACUGCAGAGGAGAUGGCCAGUGAUGAGUUGAAGGAACUUCGCAAUGUGAUAACCAAGGAAGCAAUCAGGGAACAUCAAAUGGCAAAGACAGGUGGAACUCAUUCUUCUCUCUUCCAAUGUGGGAAAUGCAAGAAGAAAAAUUGUACCUAUAAUCAGGUUCAGACCCGCAGUGCUGAUGAACCAAUGACCACGUUUGUUCUGUGUAAUGAAUGCGGAAACCGAUGGAAGUUCUGCUGAUUGACUGGACCGCGCCGAAACAUUCUUCACUGCAAUUUAAAUCUCAAUAUUUUGUGAGGAGAGGAAAAGAGUGUAGUUCAGCAAGGCCAGAGACUCUUGCUGUGCUUCUCUAUCUUUUUCAUCAAAGGGUGAGAGAGUAAUUUGACUCUUAACCAUUGAACUGAAUGACCUCUGCAGCCUUUUGCAUGCUGUAUGUUUUCUGCUGUGUAAAUUGCAUCUAAAGGAGAUUCAUAUUUCUGCACUUGGUGAUCACUGUGAAUUUAAUCAAGUCAGUUGCAAAUUGCACAGAACCAAGUUUUGUGGCAUUCUUAAAAUUUCAAGAAAUGGUUUUCCAGCUGUUUAUUCUGUUGCAGGAAUAUUAAGCCAGUUGUCAAAGGGUUAAUUUUGUUGCAGGAACUAAGAGUUUAUGGUUAGGACAUUUCUCAUUCUUAUCAGAUUUUUUUUAAAGAUGCUUUGUUUGAGAUUGAACCGAAGUAUGUUUGUCCGAGAAUACAGCUUGGAACCAACUCUCCUUAAAGUAACGAGUAAUGAGAAAUUAAUUCCAUGCUUAAGGGGGAGUAUCAACAUCGUUGGGGUUACCAUUGACCAGAAACUGAACUGGACCGGCCAUAUAAAUACUAUGGCUACAAGAGCAGGUCAGAGACUGGGAAUUCUGUUCACCAUCUAUAAGACGCAAAUCAGGAGUGUGACGGAAUACUCUCCACUUAUCUGGAUGAGUGCAGCUCCAACAACACUCAAGAAAUUUGACACCAUCCAGGCCAAAGCAGCCCACUUGAUUGGCACCCCCUCCACCACCUUAAACAUUCACUCACUCCACCACUGACGCACAUUGGUAACAUUGUGUACCAUGUAUAAGAUGCACUGCAGCAAAUGACCAAUGUUCCUUCAACAGCAUCUUCCAAACCUGCAACUCCCUACCACCUAGAAGGACAAGGGCAGCAGAUGCAUGGGAACAUCACCACCUUUAAGUUCCCCUCCAAGUCCCACACCAUCCUGACUUGGUACUAUAUCACCAUUCCUUCAAUGUCGCUGGGUCAAAAUCCUUGAACUCCCUAUCAGCACUGUAGGUGUUCCUACAACACAUGGACUGUAGCGGUUCAAGAAGGCACCUCACCACCACUUUCUCACGGACAAUUAGGAAUGAGCAAUAAAUACUGGUAUAGCCAGUGACUCCCAAAUCCUGCGAAUGAAUAAAACCAAUGUACUGCCUUAGUCCGAAAGCUCCGGUACUGCUAUUAUACCUUAAAGGGACUGUCUGUUCUUACUUUUUGUUGAUAACUGUUGAUUUGUUCUUUAAAUAAGUGUUCUUCCCCACCUUGCCUCCAAUUCCCCUCCCCCCUUCAAAUUUCUCCCUCUUCUCUAAGGCUUUUUGCUGAGAGGAGUUCCAUGAGUUAUAGGGAAUGUUCUUCAAGAUCUCACUGAAGCAGCCACUCUUCAGAAGUGAGUGCCAGGAAACUAUUUGUGAGGGAGUCAAAGCCUGGCCUGAUUCUUGCCCAGUGACUGCACGCAUACACAAUUGAAGUCAAUAAAACAGGAAACCUGUGACUGUGUAAUGGGCUGCGAUUCACCAUGAUCAGUGUUGCCAACUCCGGUUGGAGAUUAGGGUUUUAAAAUACAGGGGGGCGGCAGGUGAAUUCACCCUCUAAAGCCCAAUAGAGAUAUUGCCUGUAUGCCUGUCUCCAACCACUGCACUGCCACACUCUCGCCAUUGGACACUUAACCUAUCCAAUCCUGUGGCAGUCUCCUUCCCAUGGCCAAGCGGAAUGCCAACAUUGCCUUUGUUACUCGAUUGAAUGAUUCCUCCCUCUUGGUCAAACAGUCUUUUUUUGCCCUCCAUUUCUAAUAUUUUUAUAACUAAUGAACAAAAGUGUUAAUUGAAAAUUAAAAAAAAAUCAAGUUUCAUAUUGUCACUAGAACAUUUCUCUCUGGAUAUCCUUGAUAUUAGUCUUUAAUUCCUGGAGACUCCAGGACAAUCUUGGAGGAUUGGCAAUCCUACUCCUCAUGUCUAAACCUGUAUUUAAGGGUGGUAUUUAAAGCUCUCCCCCCACCCCCCCAGUGAGUUUGGUGACAUGCUCUGCCCCCUGGCAAGGGGGCAUUUAAUCAGGCAGUUGCUGAUGGGUGUGAACCCCUCCACCUUUCCACCUCCACCCAGAUUAAGUCUGUGGCGGUAAGGCCCGUGGAGUUCUUUCCCAUCCCACCACUAAUUGAGGCCUUUAAAUAUGUAAUUAAAAUCCAUUUAAGGACCUCAUCCUGCUGCUGCUGGUAUUAACCAAAUGGUGGGCAGGGGAUUUGCCAUGUGGGGAGCUCAACAAGUAAACACAUGUGGAGUUGCUUGCGAGAUCCCAGUGUGAGGGAGUUGGGGGAAUCCCUCAUUCAAUGGUAAUUGGUGCUUGAUCGAGGAAUUUGGCAGUGGGAAAGGUGGGAGGGGUAGGUGGUGCCUGCUGAGAGACACAUUCCUGCCCUUGCUGUCGAUCCCCUCCAAGCCCCCACCCCGUGAUCUCCCGCCACCUUGGGACCCGGGAUCCAGUGAGGAUCCUAGGCUUUGGUGGGUGUAGUACCGGUAGCAACCAUCCCUUCUAUGGUGGCGUUGCCAUUCAAUAGAGCUGCCAGCCUAAAUUGUCCGGCAGCUCUCAGCAUGUGGGACCUUCACCCCUGGGGCCCUUGAUCCCAGGGUAGGCCCGCCACUGUCCAGUUAAGUGUCUGAGUGGCACCUGAGGUGAUCCAGGACUCUUGCCAACACUCCAGCCAGCAGCCAAGACCAUGUCGCCUCUAAUAUUGCCCUACGAGUCUGUUUUUAAGUGUCUGUGAAGUAUUUUUCUGUAGAUAUUUGAAACAAAAUGUGUGCUUUGUUUUUCCUCUCAAGCUCUUCUUUAAGGCUGACUUGUUGCUUUGCUGCGUAUGGAAUCUUCAGUUAUGUUUUUAAAAUGUCACAAUUUCCCUCUUCAGCCAGUUUCAGAUAUUUGAUUUCAAUGAGCUUGAGCUGGCAAUUGCACUCACUUUGCUUUAGAAACGUGAGUGUCAACAAAUUAUUAAAUUAAACCUUUUGUUCAUUUAAAAAAAA